AUGAAGCUGGACGUCAAGCGCCAGCUGUACGCUCGCAGCGAGCGAGUGAAGGGCGUCGACUUUCAUCCUCAGGAGCCGUGGAUCCUCACUACACUCUAUAGCGGCCAUGUCUACAUUUGGUCAUACGAGACCCAACAAACGGUCAAGACAUUCGAGCUGACCGAGGUACCUGUCCGGGCUGGCCGAUUCGUCGCACGCAAGAACUGGAUUGUGUGCGGCUCCGAUGAUUUCCAAAUACGCGUGUACAACUACAACACCUCGGAAAAGGUUGCCCAAUUCGAAGCGCACCCCGAUUAUAUCCGCGCCAUUGCUGUUCACCCAACUCUUCCAUUCAUCUUGACCGCGUCCGAUGAUAUGACAAUCAAGCUGUGGGAUUGGGACAAGGGCUGGAAGUGUGUCCAAGUCUUUGAAGGACACAGCCACUAUGUCAUGGGUAUCGCCAUCAAUCCCAAGGACACUAACACCUUUGCCUCUGCAUGCUUGGAUCGCACCGUCAAGAUUUGGAGCCUUGGUUCCUCCACCGCCAACUUCACUCUGGAAGCUCACGAGAGCAAAGGUGUCAAUCACGUCGACUACUACCCUCACUCCGAUAAGCCUUAUCUCCUCACCACUUCCGAUGAUCGAACUGUCAAAGUCUGGGACUACACCACUAAAUCCCUGAUUGCUACCCUCGAAGGCCACACCAACAAUGUAUCCUUCGCUUGCUACCACCCCGAACUUCCUGUCAUUGUGUCUGGUUCCGAGGACGGCACUAUUCGCAUCUGGCAUGCGAACACCUAUCGAUUCGAGCAAUCUUUGAACUAUAGUCUGGAACGGGCAUGGUGUGUCUCUUAUCAGAAGGGUAAGCAGGGUAUCGCUGUAGGUUACGAUGAUGGCGCCGUCGUCGUUAAAUUGGGUCGUGAGGAGCCUGCGGUCUCCAUGGAUGCCUCGGGUAAGCUUAUUUGGGCGAGGCAUAAUGAAGUGGUGUCUUCUAUAAUCAAGGGGGAUGCCUCGAUCAAGGAUAAUGAACCCAUCUCACUUCCCACCAAGGAUCUGGGCACAUGUGAAGUGUACCCCCAAACUUUGAUCCAUUCACCGAACGGCCGAUUCGUUGCGGUUUGCGGAGAUGGCGAAUACAUCAUUUACACCGCUUUAGCCUGGCGUAACAAGGCUUUUGGAUCUGCUCUGGACUUUGUCUGGGGUUCUAAGGAGAACAGCAACGACUUUGCCAUUCGUGAGUCGGCAAUGAGCGUCAAGAUCUACAAGAAUUUUGUGGAGAAGAGCGGCGGUCUCGAUGUUGGCUUCCAGGCUGAUGGGCUUACUGGGGGUAUUCUUUUGGGUGUUACUGGACAAGGCGGCAUUUCAUUCUUCGACUGGGCCACCGGCGGUUUGGUACGCAGGAUUGAAGUUGAGCCCAAGCAUGUCUACUGGUCAGAGAGUGGAGAGUUGGUUGCCAUCGCUUGUGAAGACAGCUGCUAUGUUCUGCGAUUCUCUCGGGAGAACUAUGUCGAGGCUGUCCAGGCCGGCCAAGUUGAAGAUGAUGGUGUUGAGGCUGCAUUCGAAGUCAUCACGGAUAUUAGUGAGACCGUCCGAACUGGCGAAUGGGUAGGAGACUGCUUCCUGUAUACUAACAGCACCAACCGCUUGAAUUAUCUGGUUGGUGACCAGACCUACACUGUAUCACACUUCGACAAGCCCAUGUACGUCCUGGGUUACAUUCAACGGGACUCAAAAAUCUACUUGGCAGACAAGGAUGUGAAUGUCACAUCGUUUGCUCUCUCACUUCCCGUUCUUGAGUACCAGACUUUGGUUCUUCGAGAAGACAUGGAAACGGCUGCCGAGCUGCUACCUACCAUUCCUAACGAUCAACUUAACAAGAUUGCGAGAUUCCUUGAGGGACAAGGCCACAAGGAAUUAGCCCUGGAAGUUGCCAGUGACCCUGAACACAAAUUCGAGCUUGCUCUCGCAUUGAAUCAGCUGGAUACUGCCCUAGAACUGGCCCGAGCGGCCGAUGUUGAACAUAAGUGGAAAACCGUUGGUGACUCUGCACUGGCUGCCUGGGAUGUCGCCCUGGCCGCAGAGUGCUUCACUCACGCCAAGGAUAUGGGAUCCCUUCUUCUUCUGCACUCAUCAACUGGAGACAGGGAAGGUCUCUCCGCUCUGGCGAAGCAAGCACAAGACGCCAACGCCCACAACAUUGCCUUCUCUUGUUCAUGGCUUCUGGGUGAUGUCGACAACUGCAUCGAAAUUUUGACCAAGACCGGACGACUGGCCGAGGCUGUCCUCUUUUCGCAAACAUACAAGCCAAGUUCUACCACUCCCAUUGUGAGGGAAUGGAAAGAGAGUUUAGAGAAAUCUAAGAAGGGCCGAGUAGCGAAGCUCAUUGGUGUUCCCGAGGAUGACGAUGAUUUGUUCCCUCAAUGGGACGCGUGGUUGAAGGCCGAGACCGAGGGCGGCUCAGUAGCAGAUAUCCCGGCAGAGACCAAUGGCAACGAAGCAGAUGCUGAUGAGGAAGAGAAGCCCGAUGCGGAAGAAGAGGAAGAGGAUGACGAGUAA